CUAUUAAAAAGCGCUCACUCGACUGGCAAAUUAAAAACAAACAUCAUGGUGGACGAAGCCACGAAGCGAACUCUUGCUCAGAUUCCUCUUCUAAAAACUAAAGCUGGACCAAGAGAUGGAGAACUCUGGGUUCAAAGACUUAAAGAAGAAUACCAGUCUCUUAUACAGUAUGUUCAGAACAACAAGGGAGCAGAUAAUGACUGGUUUAGACUGGAGUCUAAUAAGGAGGGUACCAGGUGGUUUGGAAAGUGUUGGUACAUACAUGAACUACUCAAGUAUGAAUUUGAUCUAGAAUUUGAUGUUCCAGUUAUGUAUCCCACCACAGCACCAGAAUUAGCAAUCCCAGAAUUAGAUGGUAAAACAGCAAAAAUGUACAGAGGUGGAAAGAUUUGUUUAACAGACCAUUUUAAACCAUUAUGGGCCAGAAAUGUACCCAAGUUUGGAAUAGCACAUGCCAUGGCAUUAGGACUUGGACCAUGGUUAGCCGUAGAAGUACCAGACUUAAUACAGAAAGGAAUAAUUACUCACAAGGACAAUUUAACAAUAGGUGCUUCUUCUUGAUGUCUGUAAUUGUAGUGUACAAAUUUCCGAUAUUCAUGUUAUAGUAAUACACAAGAUUCCAGUCAUUUCUAUCAUAUUCUAUAUUGUUAUAAACUACAUCAAAAGUUAAUAUGAAUACUAGUCUCUUUGCCUUUUAAUUUAGGAAACUUUAAAUUGUCAGUGCAUUAAUUUUUGGAAUGUAUUAAUAUGUUGGUAUUUUUAUAAUAUAAAUUUUGUAGGAAAAAUUAUGAAAUUUGAGUAUGCAUUAUCUAAAGUUAUUUUUAUUCUGAUUUGACAGUUUCUGCUGUUGUAUUGGAAAUUUGUUGGUUUAUGUUUUAAUCUCUGUUUUCAACCAUUGCACAGAUUAAUACAAUACAAUGUAAACUGUAUAAUUUUUUGAGAAUUUAAUCACAUGGCUAAUUAUAAGUAACAGUACUGGAAUCAAAUUAGAAUAAUGUUCAUGCUGAAUAUCUUCUCUAGAAGUAGUAUAUAUAUUAGUUUUGGAGAAUUCUAUGUGAAAUCAUUGGAAACUUAUUCUUGAAAUGUGCAAUGAAUUAUGUCAUGGAAUAUGACAGUCUUAAUGUGAUUUGUUAUCAAUGGAACAGAGGGAAAAUAUUACAGUAAAUUUUGAAAUUUUAUUUUUCUGUAAGAUACCACAGAACUGAAUUUUGAUACAAAAUUUUUAACAGGUGAAAUAAGACAAAUGUCUGAUCAUUUUCCAAUCAUGUACCGUAAAGUUAAAUGUAUGGAUGAUUAUUGAAAUAUUUAACCUGAUAGAGAUUGACUGUUAUGUUCAAUUUUUUUUGUUUUCAUAAUAUUUUGUUCAUAUUUAUAUUUAGAUAAUCAGUUUGAUUGUUACAAAUUUGAAAGAAAUGUGUUUUGAUUAUUUUCAAUAAUCGUAAAUCUUUUUAUAUUUAUAGGACUAGGACUCUUACAAAUGACUGUUUUUAAUAUUAUAAAUUGCAAUUUAAAAGAAAUAGGUUGGAAUAUGUUCAUUGUAUUUCUUUAUGCUAUCAAAUGCCUCAAUAAACAAUGACAAUAUGUAAGUUAUACUCAAAUGAUAACUUGAAUUUUUUUAAUGUAAGAUUGUACAAUAUGUACUUUCCUAGAUUUCUGGCUUUCCCCAUUAAAAAGAUGCUUGAUUUGUGCAAUUACAUUAGAGAUAUUAGUACAUGUAUUGAAGUACAUAUAAGUAUUUUCUUAUUAAAGACAUGAAUGACAGUUUAUAACACUUCAGUUUAAGUUCAAAGUUUUUCUUCUGCCUUGUUGAAGUUGCUUUGUUCAGUAGACUAGGAAUAUAACUAUUAAUAAAAAUUUCAACUGAAAUAUUCAGUUAAGAUAACUGUAAAGAUAAAAGAUCUAAGUGUUCAUAAAGAAGAAAAAUCUGACAUUCUUAAAUAUUAUGUGAAGUCUUUCAUGGUGCGAAAAAUAAAGUGUUUUUAUUUAUUAUGAUGGUGCAAAUUUUUAACAGAAUACUGUAUUACAAAUAAACUAAUGAUAAAUUUG